AUGCCGGACGUGAAGCGCAGCAUCAAAAUCAUAACCGACCAGAAGGUCAUUCCCGGUGCCGACAGCGGUGUUGCAGGUUUCCCCCUGCGACACUGGUCUACCAGAAUCGUCCUCCUUCACGCCGACACCAAACAAGAGAUUGACGCAGACAUCUUCGAGUCAGUCACAUACAUCCUCCACGAGUCCUUCGGCGACAAGGCCAGACAAGUGUUCAAGAAACCGCCGUUCCGCGUCUCUGAAGAUGGCUGGGGUGAAUUCGAGUUGCAAAUCGAGCUGAAAGACCUCUCUGGCAAGAUUCAUACCCUAGUCCAUGACCUCAACUUCGCCAACUCCCGCUACGAGACCAAGCAAAUCAUCACGUUCAAGAACCCCAAGGGGGCGCUGCUCGAGGCACUUCGAAACUCCGGUCCCAUCCCAGGCGAAAGUGCUGCGGCAAACGGUGCGGAUACACCCGUAGCCGGCAAGAAGAGAACAAGCGAGAUUGGUGGAGGGGCGUCGACGCAGAAGAAGAAGAAGGGAGACUCCAAGGUCGUCGACAUGGACAAGUUGGCCGAGGGGUUGCAAAAGCUCGGCGAAGACGAUCUCCUCCAGGUUGUCCAGAUGGUUCAUGACAACAAAAGUGAGGAUUCGUGGAUGCGAAAUGACGCUGAGCAAGGCGAGUUCCACGUCGACUUGUACACCCUGCCUGAGAACCUGAUCAAGAUGCUCUGGGACUUCACGACGGAGAAGAACGCCAUCUCGGCCUCUGCAUGA